ACUACGGAAUUACUGGGAGUUUGUCAGAGAUGGGCUGAACACCUGUUUCGACAAAAUAUGUUCCAACUGAUGACGCUGUUCCAAAAUUAAUUAAUAUUGAUUAGAAACGUCCUGCAACAUGCCAGCUCCAAAAAGAGACAGUCAACAAACUGGGGCCCAUGCAAAAAGCGCUAGCAGGAAUGGCUCCCUCGGCCACCAGGGACGUGGUGCUUCUGCACCCUCACUACCACCACUGGAGUCCCAGGAAGGUAUCUCCUCAAGACUAGCCUUCAUGAAGGACCCCCCAACUGGACGUGCCCUCAGCACGGAGAACCUCAGCCCCAUGCCAAGACCUCUAACUGGGGUGGAGCUUCCCCGUUUAGUGGCAGAGGUGGGUCAUGAGACAGCCAUGGAGGACUCAUUAUGGACGGACGGACCUGGUCUGAUGGCCUCUGUGUUGGCUACUAAUAUCCCUGUCAGCCUGGCUGAGGUAGAUGUUGAGGAACUAACUGUGGACACUGCCAAAGACAAUGUUGUGUCCGUGAAAAAGACCGCUGAUAGACAAGACAAGGAGCAAAAAAGAAGAGCUAAGACGAUUUCCAAGCACAAGGAGCCUCUGACAGGCACAGAUGUAGUGGAGAUCUUUGCGAAGCAAAAACACCUGGGAAAACUUCAUUUUUUUCAUUUGCAGCCUGUGGACAGUGGCCGUUACAGGCCAUACGACCUUCGUGUGGUCCCCCAGAGUAAGGCGGGCAUGGAGUACUACGUCUUCUCCCCGACCUCCGUCCUACACGUGAGGGACGGCUGCAGCGCAGGGCUGCUCUCUCUAGCCGAGUGGAUCCACGAGGCCGUGCUCUGGAACGCCCUGCAAGACAUACCCCUCUUCAGAGACUAUCUACUGAAAAAAGCUUUCACUAGGUGGCAGAGAAACGUGAGGAAGAUCGCCCUCCAGCGCAGGUGUGAGGUACUGCAGGGCCAGCUGCUGACGACCGUGCCACAGUUCAGAGAAGCUCUGUUUCAUUUCUGCAGACUAAUUGAGGAAUUGAAAGGGGUUCACUGGCUGCCUCAGGAUGACUCUAAAACCUACACCCUUCUGGACUUCCAAAAUACACUUCUGAAGAAGAACCAGGAGUGUCGGGUUUUGCUGGAGAAGUUCUUACAGUAUCGAGCUCUCAUCCUGAAUAUGGUUCAGGAGGACAGCUACAAAGGCCAGCAGGAGCUGCAGCUGCGUGUUGAGCUUGCCCAGGUGAACCAGCACUCUCAGCCCUUGCACCUGCAGCUGGCUCACGUGCGGGACCUGAAGAAGAAGCUGCGCCGGGCUGAGGACGUCCUGCAGCAGCUGGGCAACAUGGCCGCCCUGGUGGACCAGAUGAUAGUCCAGAGUCUGGUCACUAUCACUCAACGGGAGGUCCUGUCUUUUCUGAACAACGUCUUGAAGCCCCAGCAGGGAUGUCUUUUUGAGGCAGAGUUGAUAUUUGGAGCAGAUGGACAACUGACCCUAUUCCCCCCUAUGCACUUGUUCCGGGAGGUUGUGUGUGGAGCCCUGCUGUCUGUGGCAGACUCUGCCCUCCAGGUGAGGGGAAGAUUGCCACACUGGAAAAAAACUUGGCAUGAAGUAUUUGACGCAUGCAGUUACUCUUCGGAGUCCAAGGACUGUGUGACUGCAUGCAACUCCCCCGUCAGGGCUGCUCCUGAGCUGAGCCCUGACCUCAGCCUGCCCUGCUCCUUUGGCAAACCUGGUCAGACAGGGCCAAAGGACAGAGAGAAGACUGAGAUCAGCAGUUUGUCAACCAGAUGGGAGCCUCCUGUAGAGUUAACCCCCAGGCUGGUGCUGCCCAGGCUGAACCCCCUGAGGGUGCAGGGCAAGAGGCUGCGAGGGCAGUACUACCCCCUCUGUAAGAGGCACCUGGAGUGGCAGCUCAAGCUGCAUUCUGGAGCCACAGAAGUGCAGGAAGAGCAAGACAGGAUCACACAGGAGGCCCAGAGGGAGCUCCAGAGGCUGUGUGAUGAACAUGCCUGGUUGGUGGACAUCCAUCUGUUCACCAGCCAGUGGAGCCCUGCCUCCCUUGAGGCCAUGAGGGGCCUGCCAGCCCUGCUCUACGAGGAGCACAUCCAGAAGGUGCGCUUCUGGACGGACAGGGUCAGCACCGUGCCCCGCUCCUUCACCACCUCCAACAAGCUGCUUAUCGUCCACUGUGCACACAUCCAGGAGAAGCUAGGGCCUCUGUUGACCUCCAUAGAGGAGGACGUGCUGACUUUCCUGGUGGGGGAGUUGAAGCUCCGCUCACAGAACCUGAUACAGGAACUAAAGAAGACUGUGGACGGCCUCAGGGUAGAGCCCACCGACUUCAACGACUUCACACAGUACGCCAGCAUGGUCACACGCUGUGAGAAAAUGUCCAAUGACAUGCAGCAGCAGCUGGAGUACAUGCACUCCCUCCAGGAGACCAUCCGUAUGAACUACAGACAGGAGGUGGCAUUGGAGGCAUUGAUCUUGGACCUGUGGGACUGCUUCGUACCUCUCCUGAAGCGUGCAGCUGAGACUGUGCGUCAGCGCCUCCCCUCCAUGGCCGACACCCUGGAUAGCACCUUCACCUCUCUGGCCCAAGACCUGGAGGACACGAUCUCCAAAACCACCUCCGGCCCUUUCCUGGACCCUACCCAGAAUGCUGGUCAGAUGUUGACCCAGCUGAAGACAGUGAGCAGACACGUGUACGCUGUCUCGGCACGCCUCCAAGAACUCAGCAGGACCAGUAGAAGUCUCCGAGGACAUCCUCUGGAUCUGACGUUUGUGACGACAGGCCAGCAGAAGAUUCAGACCCGUAAAGGGCUUUGGGAGCUGCUGAGCUUCUCCACGGCUCAGAUCCGGGAGUGGAAGCUGCUGCCCUUCAGCAAGUUUUUGGUGUCGCGGGCGCAGGGGAAGGUAGAUGAGUGGCUGCAGCAGGCGAUGUCCCUGGCCAGGUUGAUCCCAUCCCAGGAUGCCGUGCUGCAGAAGAUCCUGCAGACCUUGGAACAUUUCCACCUGCAGCUCCCAGUGCUGGCUCAACUCAGCAGCCCUACACUCAAGCACAAACACUGGAGGAACAUCUUUAAAGGCAUGGGCCAGCUGUACUCUCCACAAUGGAGCCUGACUGUAGCAGACCUGAUGUCCAAAAUGCUGGUAGAGCAUCAAAAUAAAAUCAGCAAGAUCUGCCGGGAGGCCAAGGCGGAGGCUGACAUGGAGCAAGCCUUCCGGAAGCUUCAACGCAGCUGGGAGGGGGCUCAGUUCAGACUGGCAAAGUUCAUAGUAACUGUGUGGCAGGAGGACAAGCCUCAGGAUGGAGCAACACGCAGAAAGAAGCCUUCAACUGACCUGGAGUCUAACCACGCGUCACCUCAACAGCUCUCCAAAGACUGUGGCACAUUCACCAUUAUCGGUCUGGAGACACUCCUAGCCCAGACUGAAGACAGUGUGAUGACUCUGUCCAACAUGCUGCUGUCUCCGCAUGUUGCUGAGUUCAGACAGGAGGUGGAACACUGGGUGCAGAUGCUUCAGGAGCUUGAGGAACUCCUGGACUUUUGUGAAAGGUACCAGCAGAAGUGGGUCUUCCUAAGCAAAAUGUUCUACGAGACCACUGUUUGUGUACAGAAGGCAGAGCUGUUUGAAACGUUCCAACCAGUAGAUAAGACAUUCAGAGAGUUGAUUCAAACCACCUCUGGUGACCCCCAUGUGCUGAACAUAGUCCGUCUGAAGAAAGUGACUGAGUCAAACGUUCUUUUCCACGGUGACAGUCUCCGCCGUCUUCUCAUGGCAGGUCUGAGCACCAUGGAGGGCAUCUCCAACCAGCUGCUCUACCUUCUAGACUCUCCCAGGGGCCAGUUCCCCAGGCUGUGCUUCCUCAGCGAUGGGGAGGUAAUCCGACUGCUCUCCCUGCACCCUACCCCCUCCACCCUACUCCCCUUGGUGCGUAAGUGCUUCAGAGGUGUGCGCUGGCUGGAGGUUGUCAGCAACAGUGACUCGUCUCGGGAUGUGACAGAACUGAGCAGGGGGCUGGAUCUUUCUGGCAGCCAGAUGUUGGUGCAGGGAGUGUAUGGGAGCCUCAGAGAGCACGUGUCCUUCCUGUGCCCCUUGGAGCCAAACCUCAACUCCCUGGCUUGGCUGGGUCUGCUGGAACAGCAGCUGUACCAAGCCACGAGGGAGCUGGUCAAGCAGUGUGCUGUGGCACGUCAACAGGUGGAGCCUUCAGACAAGGACCUAGAGACAGACAGGAAGAUUGGGGACACCUCACACUUCUCCAGACAAUCAGACUUCCUUAGAAAGAAGGAGGAGAUGGAAGCCAAAGUGAGAGAGAAUGACCUGCCAUCUCAGUGGAGCAUCCUGCCAGACUACCCCCUGCAGUGUCUGUUGGUGGUUGAGGAAGCCCUCUGGUGCAGUGAGGUCAGAAAGGCCGGCCAGGCUGCAGCCCCGGUCAAAUGGAAUUGCCUAAAAGCAAGAAACACCUCCAAACUUCACAGCUUGUGCCAAACUGUAAGGGACGGUUUGUCAGGUGCCUCUGACAGAUCACUGACCUCUCAGCGUGCAACGACAGUGUUGCGUUCUCUGGUGCUGCUGACAAUGAACCACGCCCAGAACAUCUCCAAACUCGUGGAGGUGAAGGGUGAUCUCGAGUCAUCUUUUGAAUGGCAGAGUUUGAUGAAAUACCAUGUUGUUUUAGACUGUGGGGAUGAGACAACACAACAGAGCCAAGAGACCAAGGACUGCUGGUGCUAUGUUGAAGUACUGGGAGUUCAGCUGCCCUACGGAUAUGAGUACCUGGGUCCAGACCACUGGAUGACGGUGAACAGCCCCUCCACAGACAAAGCCAUCCUGGGUAUUCUCCUGGCUCUCACCGGCUACAGGUGUGGCUUUGUGAGCGGACCACAGAUGUCAGGCAAGAAGAAGACUGUGGUUCAGUUGGGGAAAGCCUUGGGAAGGCAGGUCAUCUCCUUCCACUGCUGUGUAAACACAAGACUUUCUAUUGUCCAGCAGUUGCUGUUUGGUGCCCUCCAGACCGGGGCCUGGUUGGUGUUGGACUCUGUGGACUUAAUGACCCAGGGGGCACUGUCUCUUCUGGGGCAGCAUUUAUCAGACAUCCACCAAUCUCUCUCUUGUCUACAGAGGAACACCCAGCCAAAGGGGUUUGAAUCCUGCUCGGAGCCUUCAUUCCCAUCUUCUGUCCCAAACAGAGAGCAGACAUCUUCACCACAGGAGAGUGGAGACCUGGGGAGAGGCUGUGAAACAUUGGAUGAACUUGAGAUGUGUUUUGCAGGGAAGAGCAUUUUUGUCAAACCGAGUUACGGCUGUGUGAUCAUCUCAUCCAGGGGGUACAGUACCGAUGUCCCAGAAAACCUGCGUGCUGCAACCCGACCUGUAGCAUUGGCCCACCCAGACUACCGAGUCAUUGCUGAGGUGAUGCUAACCUCCCUCGGUUUCUCAGAGGCAGUGACACUCAGCCGAUGUCUUCUCUCACUGUUUACCCUGGCCGGCAACUCUCUCUGUCUGCCUGACUCCAUCAGUGGGAAGCAGACCUGCUGGCUAGUUCUCCUCAUGAACGUCAUCACAGUUGCUGGGACACACUUCCAAAACACCAGACGACAAGAGGUGCUGCUCAAAGAAAAGGAGUUAGAAGAUGAGACGGAUGUUCAGAGACAUUCACUGGAUGUGGUUCCUAAGAUAACCGAGACAGAGGAAAGAGCCAGGGAAGGAGACAGCUUUCACUUCAAGCGGACUAAUCAGUCAUCAGCCCUUAUACAAGGUGUGGUGGAGGAACAGGCCAUAGUCAAAGGAGUUUCAUCUGUCCUGGUGUCAGCCAUUCACGAGCAAAAGAAAGCCUCACAGUUCCGUGCCAUUUUUGAAGAAAUCUUCCCCACGUUACGUUCUUACCCGGUUCUCGAGUUGGACAUUGAGGAGGGCGAUCGGAACCUCCUGAAGGCUGCAGUUAUGGAGGAACUACAGCAGGCUGGCCUCCAUGCUGACCCUAGAGUGCUGAAGGAGGUUCUCAGCCUCUACCAGGCUAUAAAACUGUCCAGGGCGGUGCUCAUGGUGGGGCCCCCUGGGAGUGGGAAGACCACAUGCUACCAUGCACUAGCGGGGGCGCUACGGAAGCUGGCCGCCAGGGCUGAGGAGGUGGAUUUGGAUGAUGAUGUCAGCCCUGAAGGAAGGUGCUCAGAUAUAGAUUAUUCCCCGACUACCUCAAACUGGUCCUCUGUUGACACUGUGGUGAUAUUCCCCAAUGCCCUGUCAAAUGAGGAGCUGUUUGGAGGCUGCUUCCAGCAACAGGAGGGAUACUGGUCAGAUGGGGUAUUCACCAAAGUGCUGAAGGACUCUGAGAGACAUGACCUCUUAGACAGCACCCCCUCCAAGAGGAAGAAGAGGAAGAGUCAGACUCGCAAGGUGAAGUGGCUUGUGAUGGACGGGGAGCCUUUGGGUCAGCCUGGCUGGUUAGAUCACCUAAGCACCCUCUGUGACCCCGACGACCCCUUCCUGUGCCUGCCAUCGGCAGAGAAGGUCCGGCCGUCCCUUGAGGAGCUCAAGUUGCUGGCUGAGGUCACAGACCUGUCAGAUGCUGCCCCUUCCACAGUCACCCGCUGCAAUCUGGUCCAUCUCGGUGGGAAGGAUCUGUGGAAAUCGGUGUGGAAGGUGGAGUUGGACGCUCUCUCCAGAGACCACACUCUGGAUCAGGGGACCAUCAACAUGUGGGUCCGUUUAGCCGAAGAUCUGUUUUCCUGUACGCUCACUUUCCUGAGGCACAAGGCCUUGACACCCGUGAUGCACAGUGAGGCAGACAAUGACAAUAAGGUCAGUAAAGGCAUCGCCUAUGGUCUACAGGAAGUGAUGUCAUUCAUUAGGAUUCUACAUGCCCUUCUGGAGCAAUGUGGGAAGGGACGUGGACUAAAAGCAUCAAGGCAGACAGAUAAAAGAGAUAUGGCUCCAGUGGUAACCCAACCUUCGUCUGUCAAUAUCUUGACCCCUUCCACUCAGCCGGAGCUGCAGGCCAGGAACAUCUUCCUGGUGGCCUACAUCUGGGGAUUCGGUGGUCACCUCCACCCCAGACACUGGCCUCAGUUUGAUGUGCUGGUGCGGGAAGCUCUGUUUGAGAGCCGGUAUAGAGUGGAGGUUCCUGCUGAGGGAACAGUAUUCGAGUACUUCUUUAAUAUAACCGAGGGCGCAAUGGGAGACAUGAGUACCCCAAUCAGCUGCUCCAGAAACAAGAGUCCACUGAUGGCCUACAUCACUAUCCCACAGUAUCAAAAAUAUGCGUGUCUACUGGACCUCAUGCUGGAGGCUCACCAGCCAGUGUUGUUGGUGGGAGAGGUUGGCUCAGGGAAGACCAUGCUGUGUCAGUCCCUGAUGAACGAGGACAGGCCUCACAUCCGUCUCAUUGCCGGCCCACGCCUGCGCGCCUCUGACCUGCGUGGUGUCCUGGAGAGCAUGGGCAAACAGAAGACACCGAUGGGUACCAUGGGCAGCCAAAACAAACAGGCCAGACACCUGCUGUUUGUGGAUGAUUUACACAAGGCCGCCUGUGAUGUAUUUGGAAAGACGUCCAUGGCUCUGGAGACUCUGCGACAGUGCAUAUCGAGGGGAGGCGUUUUGACGUCUGAUGGUUACCACUUCAAGCUGUUCGGUUCUGGAGCUAUCCGCUACCUGGGUACCUGCAGCACGUCCGCAGUGACCAAACCAAGCUGCAACAGCAUCUCUUCCCGCCUCUUGCGUCUCUUCUCCGUCUUAGUGCUGCCCAGUAUAUCUGUAGAUGUUCUAUUCUCUGUCCACUCCCCACUGAUUCAGACCUGGCUGAAAGAGUUCAAGGGCAUGCCGAGGUACGCAGACAUGACCCGCUGUAUCAUCGCCGCUACUCUAGACCUGUACCAGUCUGUGUGCGAGCACUUCCUGCCGACUCCACUGAGGCCUCACUUCCUGUUCUCCCAGCAUGACCUGCAGAAGGUGUUUCAGGGGAUGUGCUUGUGGGCACCGCGCGCCUCCGGCAGACAUCCACCCCAGAAGAAGGUCAGCCUCAGGGCCGUGCUCUCUUCCUCCGCCCUCCCCUGCUUUUCUCCCACCACGCUCGGCCCAGCGGCCAACGUGCUCAACAUAGUUCGCCUCUGGAUGCACGAGUGUCUGCGUACCUUUGGAGACCGGCUGUGCUCAGAAGACGAGAGCCAAACCCUGGUGUCACUCAUAGCCCAGGUGUCAGACAACAGUUACAGUGGCUGGAUGACAGUCAAGGCCCAAGCUGUCGGAGGAGAAGAAACCAUGUCCUCUACAACUCCCCCCACGUGCACAUCCUCUUCUAUAACAGAAGACCCACCUACGUCCCCCCAUCAGCUCCCAGCCUCACCCAGUCAGACGGAGAGGGAUACUGAGGCCUUGGCCUUCACGCAGCCUACAAAGUCUCCCCUGCCUGGGGCAGCAGAUGAACAGGAGGAGGAGGAGAUCCAGCAGCUCAGGCUGAGCUACUCUGGUUUUAGUUUAUCAGCCAAUGGGAAAGAGGAUCUGUUUGAUAAAAACAAAAAUCAAGAGAUUUCCAAGAAAGAUAAGCAUCUCAGUCUACCGUUGCCAGACCCAGCUUCAAGCUCUCUACAAUGUCUGUCUCCCUCGCCACCAAAAGGUCCUAAACCGGCCAGUCAGUCGGACUGGAAGAGGAGCCUUAGGCUGUCUGAACCAUCCUCACAGGAUGACAGCAUCCAUUGGCCCGGGCCAGGUUCAGCCAGGCUCGUUCCAUUGCAGCUUCUGCAGGACUUAAAGGCCUCGAUGUGUAACCUGGUCUACGGUCCCGAGCUGUUUGAGCCUCUCGCCUCCAUGGCUCAGCAGCACAACUUCAAACGCAACGUGUCCUAUCAGGAGAGAGACCCGGGCCUGCUCCUCCAACAGCUGGCCCUCACAGUCAAGAGCAAAGAGGAGGGGGAAGAUGGGGAUUUGGAGGAUAAAUACAGCUGCACGUCCAGCUACGUGGUGCACAGACAGAGGCUCCGGCAGCUGCUGCACACCCUCAGGGCUUUGUUCCUCCCCGGUGGACACGGAGUGCUCUUCAGCGUGGUGAAAGGCACAGGGCGAAGGACCACGGUGCGUCUGGCUGCCUAUCUCACCGGCUACCAGCUGAUGGAGGUCCAUCCAGGGAAUGAGAGGACGUUACGGGACAUGCUGAAGGAGGCCGGCAGUCAGGCGGGGGUGCAGGGAAAUCAUGUGAUGAUACUGGUUCACGAGGAGACCAGCCUGGAGCACAGAGAGGAGUUGCUAGAGGUCAUGGCCAGUGGGACCUUCCCUGGUCUCUACUCUGAUGAGGAGCUGAAGAAUCUGGUGCUGAAGGUCAACGCUCUCGUCAAAAACUCCCGCAGCCGCCUCAGGGACGACCAGGCCCUGGACAAGUACUUCAAACAGGUCCAGAAGAACAUGCAUGUGUUCCUGCUGCUGCCUCUCUCGCUAGACAUCAGUAAAAUGGAGGCUGACACUGCCUCGGUGACCCGGGCUGUGUGCCUGUGCUGCUGUGUGGAGGUGUACCAGCCCUGGUCCAGCCAGACCCUGGUCGAGGCAGCCUCACGGCACCUUAAAGAGAACCUGCAGAUCCCCGACCCAGCAAUAGACAGGGACAGCCUGGUGGCCAGUAUCUCCAAAGUCAUGGCAGAAAUACAUCAGUCAGCAUGGAAAUAUGCAUCCGUCCUGCUACCAAACCUUCAGCCGUUCAGCCCCCAGACCUACGUGGAGCUCAUUGCCCACUUCUUCCACCUCUGCAGCCACCUGUAUGAGCAGGGCCUUGGUCAGGCCAACAGAGUGGCAACAGUCCUGGCCAGGGUAAGAGACAUGACAGACACGGCUGAGGAGUACAGACAGGAAGUUAUUAAACUCAAGAACAAAGUGGCAGAAACACAACAGUGUCAAUACCAGCUGCAGCACAAGAUCAAAAUGGAGCAGGUUCUGUGUGACCGUAGCCGGCAGAACUGCCUCCUGGAGGAGAACAGACUGUCCCACCUGGAGGAGCAGUUUCAGCAGGCCCAGCAGCAGGCAGACGACGCCUUCAAGGAGGUGAGUCCCUUGUACCAGACUGCCUUGGUCGCUCUCAAGUCUCUGAGCCAGAAUGACCUGGACGAGGUGCGCCACUACAGAGUUCCUCCUGCAGGUGUGGUGAUCGUCAUGGACGCCAUCUGCAUGCUGUUCAACUAUCCAUGUACCUGGGAUAGCUCCAAGCAUUUGCUAGGGCAGUCCAACUUCUGCCAGGAGUUGGAGUUCUACGACCGCUCCAGGUUGAACGGCGAGAUGUUUGAGCAGCUCAGUCACAUCAUACAGAGGAAGGAGUUUUCUCCUCAGGCGGUGAAAAGCGUGAGCCGGGCCUGUGAGUCCCUGUGCCGCUGGGUCCGGGCUGUCUACCAAUACGCCUGCGUCCAGCGCCACAUGGCCCCCCAGGAGGUCAAGAAGAUCCAGCUGGACCUUCGUAUCGCGGAGAGCCGCUCUCGGCUGAGCGUGGCCAGGCUGCAAGAGGAGGAGACCCGGGAGCACAUCGACGACAUAGAAAAGGAGCUGCUGGUCCUCAGAGGUGAGCAGGAGGAGCUGGCUGGCCUGCUUCGUAAGGCCGAGGCCCUGGAGAGGGAAGCUUCCAGUGCUGUCCAGCAGGUGGUGUGCCACAUCACCGACUGGAAGGCUGCUGCUGAGGAAACAGAGAUGAAUAACCAGACCAUAUCAGGUGAUGCUCUGCUGCUGGCUGCUGCCAUCACCUACCUGGGUCCCUUCAGACCAGACACCCGUAUGGAGCUGCUGAGGAAGUGGAGGGAGCUGAGUCUGACUGGGAACAUCAGCAGUACCCCCGAUGACCCCAGGACCUCUCUGCUUCCCCAGUCCAGCCCAGAGGCCCCUCCUCCGCCCCUGGAUCAUGUGCCCCUCCCCAUGGCUGCAGAGCUGCAGAUGGCCCUGGUGCGGGCUUUGGGGGUGGACCGCUACGUGGUACAGGGGGUGCCUCCCGGGCUGUUGCUCAAACUGCUGACGUGGGGCAACAGAGGCCCCUGGGCUCAACGCUGGCCCCUGCUGGCUGACGCAUCGCAGCGCGAGGAGAUCAGCUCUCAGACCAUGCUGUUCACUGGCCAUCUGCCAGUGGAGGACAGCACAGCUCAGGAGGAGAGGGAGUACGGGCUGGUGGUGAGCGCUGAUGACCCACACCUGCUGGAUAAGGUCCGCCAGGGGGCAGAGAAAGGUCUGAGAGUGUUGGUGACACACAUCGAGCGAGCAGCUCACGCUCCAGACUUCCUGGAGAUGUUGGUGAGGCCGGCUGGCAACUGCGCCCCUGGCCUGAGGCGCCCCGUCCAACAGGCCCACCCAGAGUACUGUCUCUUCCUCAGCACCUGUCUGCCAGUCCGACUGCUGCUCAACGAGAUACACCCGUCCGUCCUGUCGGAGGUGCGGGUCAUCGACCUCUCUCUGAGCACCACGGAGGUCCAGGAACUCCUGUUGACUGAGCUGGUGCAGCUGGAGUGUCCAGAGUUGGGGGUUCAACACUGUGUGCUCAUACAAGACAGACAGACCCUGCGCGACAAACUCAGCCAGGAGGAGGUGUCUCUGAUCGAGUACAUCCUCCAGUCGUUCACCCCUCUGCUGCAGGACCCCCAGUUCCUGCCUCGCGUGUCGGCCUGUCAGCUGGCCUCGCACAGGCUCCAGGCUGAGCUAGCGGAUCUGAGCCAGGAGCUGGUGCGCCACAAGCCUCUCCUGGCAGACUUCCAAAGGGUGGCAGCGCUGGCCACCGGCCUCUACCAGGCCCUGCAGGAGGUUUCCUGUCUCUCCCCUACCUACUACUUCCCCCUGAAAACCUUCCUGUUGAAUGUGAGGGGGGCUCUAGCGCUGAAAGGAAGACCUGAUGUGGUCUUCACCGGGGAGGUGCUGGCUGGAGCAGUCAUGGCAGAGAUCACCUACAGGAUAGUCUCUCACUUCCUGGCCCAGUACCGGCCCUGUCUGUUCCAGAGCCAUGCCUCCCUGCUCAGACUGCUGGUAUCUCUGGCCCUCUUCCUCCACAGUGAGCCCUGCUCUGAGGUGGAGAGGGUAGCCUUCCUCAAGGGCCUGGGAGACAUGGACGUCCCUGUCGAUUCGUCCACUCAAACCACAGCUCCACCCUCCCGCUCAUCUCCAUCCACGCCCCAGCCUGAGCUCCCCUGCUGGCUCCCCUCUCACACGCACACAGGGGUUCUACGGCUGGAGAACAUCCCACCCUUCAGAGGCUUGAUCGCCUCCUUGGCCACCUCCCCCGAGCAGUGGAAAGAGUACCUUCGAUUCCCCUCCUCCACCCUUGUGGGGCCCGUGCCCUGUCGCUCUCACUCCCACCUGUCCACCCUGCAGCGGGCUCUGCUCUGGAAGACCCUGCUCCCCCAUUGGCUGGCGGCCGUGGCGGAGGACCUGGCUGCCUGCCACCUGGGCCAGCCCGUCCGCUCAGCGGUGCCCGACGCCCCCCACACCGGCUCCCCAGAGGCCCUCUCACGCUUCCUGUCCAGACACGAAGGGCCUGUGAUCGUCACCCUCCCCAGUCCGGAUAGAGAGGGACCGGCGAGCAUCCAGCCGCUCCACUGGCUCAAACAAGUGGCCCAGUACCAAACAGACAGGAAAGGGGUGAAAGUGAAAAUAAUUUCAGUUGGAGCUAUAUGUCAAAAAGAGACCAUCCUCUCAUCUCUUGCUUUGGCUGUUCGCGAUGGCCAUUGGUUGGUCUUCAACAACUGUCAUCUCCUAGAGCAAUGGGAUGCUGAAGUAGUGACUCAGUUCAAUCAGCUGAUAUCUGUUGCAGCCAAAAUGCACCAGACAGACGUGGAGCCUGGGGAGGGCCCCCUAUCCGCAGGGCCCAGUUCCGCCUCUCAGGUGCACCCUCGCUUCAGACUGUGGUUCAUCACACGAGGAUACAGACCACUCUCCAUUCCAUCUGCAGUCCGCGUGUGUGCUCUUCGCCUGGUCUGUGACUCUCCAUGUGACGUAAAGGAGGAGCUGUGCUCUUCCCUGCACCAGGUGGUAUCUGCUGCUCUGCCUGCCUCGGCUUCUGGUAUCUCAGCCUCCAGCCUGGAGCCCCUGCUGCGCUGUGCCAUCCUGCACUCAGUCCUACUGCAGAGACAGGCCUACAGACACCUGGGCCAGGGAUACGUCUACCACUGGACUCAGGAUGACCUGCAGGCACUGGUGGAUGCCUAUGCUCGGAUUGCCAAACACUGUGAUGACAAGGCCGGGGCAUUAGAAUACAUAGCAGCCCAACUGGUCUAUGGUGGCCAUGUGGCAGACUCAACAGACUUGGAGGCAGUGGAGAGUAUAGCCAGAGCCUGUUUCCAGCCAGCAUCUCCUCUCUGGGGCUGUGGGCCACACACACUCUCUGAUAUCAUCCACAUUCAUGGACGCUUUGAUGUUGCAGGCCUCCUGAGGGGACUGGAGCACCGUGUCCGAGCCCUGGCAAACACCAGCGACCCUAUGGUGCUGGGCUUCAGCACGGGUCUCUCUGUGGAGCUGGUCAAGCUCCACAGCCGCACCCUAAACCUGCUGCUGUCAGACUCCCAGAGGCCCACUGGCAGGAUGAGGAGCAUCACCAGAGACUCUCCUCACCCUGCCCCGCUCCCAGACCUCAGUCAGGCCCGGGACAGACUGCAGGCCCUGAAGGAUAGUCUGGGGCAUAAAGAGGAGAGCUGGGUUGUGGGCGUGUCCCCGGGCCCUCUGCACAGCUUCCUCCAGGCAGAGUGGGAUGAUCUGGGGGACCUGGUGUCCUCGCUCCUGUCAGAGCUCAGCCAGCACCUCAGUAGCAGAUGGACUCCCUCCUCCUUCCCCACCCUUACAACCCUGUCCCACCUGGAGAAGAGGGCCGAGCUGCUCAGUACCUACCUGUGGAACGACACCACCAGCGCUCCAACCAGUGCCUACUGUCUGUCUGCCUUCAGCAACGCUAGAGGCUUCCUGGCUGCAUUAAUAAGGGAGGCAGCUAAGGCUAAACAGAGGGAAAUCAUUAACUUCUCCCUGCAUUUCCAGGUGCUGAGUGCUGCAAGCUGCCCAUCAGCUCCACCUCUAAGUGGGGUGUAUUUGUGUGGGCUGGAGUUGAGAGGGGCACUUUGGGAUACACGCCUGGGAGCCCUGCAGGACACGCUCUCGCCAAAACCCUGUCUCCUCCCACUCCUUUGGGUCAGGGCAAGGGCGAGGAAUACGGACGUCAGGGCACCAGAUAGCCCCCCCUGCGACACCUCCUCCCUGCCCCUGUACCACUGUCCUCUAUAUCUGGAUGGAGCGCUACAUAAUGAAGACUGGGGUCUGACUGAGAACAACAUCAUUACUCAUGUACCCCUUGUGGCCAAGCUAGACCCAGUGCUAUGCUCUUUAAGAAGAGUCAGGCUAGUCAGUACACUCUGAGAUCUGAUCCAAGACUCAUAGCACUUCUUUCUAGAUUAUAGACAUUAAAGAAAGACUCGAGGUUUCAGAAGACUUUAUCGAGGAAACUCUUAUAAGAAUGCUUUGUCCUGGGUUUUAAUUCUUAUAAGUUAAACAAUCAUACAUUACCCUUUACAAAUGUAUGACAACAAAAUACAUUUUAUAUAAUAAACAAUGUUUCCAGUCAACAUUUUUUUGAAGAAUACAAUGCAAAACUCUAAAAUGUAAGAAAGGAAUCAUGUUAUAACAUUUUCUGGUGGUCAAAACCU